UGACAUUUGAAGGUUCACAUCUCUAUGGAAUUUUAAAAAUGUUAUUGAUGAAAUUUGAGAGACCAAAUAAAAUAAAGAUGGUGUUCAAAUCUGAGUACUUCCCUCCAGUUAUUUUUCCAAAACAGUGAGAAGUUAACGGUCGACUGUGACAAUUUUCGUACGAAAUUGAAAUUUCCCCAAUUCUCGAGUAUACUGAAUCUUACCAUUUCUUCUAUUCGCCAAAACCUACGAAUCGAGGAAGAAGAAGAAGAAGAGACCAUGGGAAUCUCAAACCUCUCAUACGAGGAAUGUCGUCAGAAAAGAGUUGAAGAAAACAAGAAGAGAAUGGAAGCCCUAAAUUUGCCCUUACUUUCUCAAGCUCUCCUCGAUUCUUCCCCUUCCAAAUCCUCCCCUAGUAAGCAGGUCAAAGCCUCGCGUGAUGCAGAAACAACUGGUGGUGGUGAGGAGGUCCAGUCGCGUAGCAAAGCAACCAACGCCUGUUUACGCUGAAGUUCUUGUCGAUCGUGUGGCGAUUCCUAGAAGGAUCUCCAGAGCAAGAGAUUUUUCAGCCCAGUUUUAUGCUUCGGAUGAAGCAAGAAAAAAAGCCUUUGAAAGAGCUCUUGAGUUACAAUCUGGAUUGGAGCCGAAUUAUCCCAGCUGUAUAAAGUCGAUGGUUCGGUCUCAUGUUAGUGGUUGUUUCUGGCUGGGCCUUCCUUCUCAUUUCUGCAAGACGCACCUUCCAAAGAAUGAUGGAGUAAUGACUUUAAUAGAUGAAGAUGGUGAUGAGUAUCCAAUAAUAUAUUUGGCACGAAAAACAGGUUUUAGUGGUGGAUGGAAGGGUUUUUCAAUUGCUCAUAAGUUAAGUGAUGGAGAUGCUGUGGUUUUUCAACACAUUAAACCUACAGCCUGCAAGAGAGGAGAGUGUUACCAUCAACCAUGUAGAAAAAGAUGUUUAAAGAUUGAAAACAGACUAAUAAAAGGUGUACAUCUUUAGAGCGAAUGGUUCCAAAGAAGAGAGUGAUUCUAACAAUAGCUAAAUGAUUUACUUUCUUAUCCCAAGUCAGUUCAUUUCAGGUGAUAAUUUGAAGAGGCUUGGGGAAGAUGUGCACAUAAUGCAACUACUUUUUUGCAAAUUUCUUUUGAGUAAAAGGCAAUCUGUGUCUUGUACAAUCUUGUAUCAGCUGAAUUAUAUUUGGGGGCGGUGUGUGCAUUCAAGUCUCCCUUGUUCCUAACAUUUUUCUUCUCUCUUUUUUGUUAAACCCUUUUUUUUGUUUUAGCUUAGUAGACUACUUGCUAUCUGAUAGAUUUUGCUGAUUUUCAUUGGGAAAAAGCCUUGAAGGUUUCUAGUGGGAUGGCCCCCGUGUAAGCCAUUGUUACAAUAGCUCUUAAACUGGUUUCUUGAGUAAUAUUUUGUAUUCCUCUCCAGAAAGUCCAAAACGAAGGGCACAUUUGGAUAGAUUUCUAAAAGUAAUUUUAUUUGAAACACGUGAACGGUGGAUAGGUGAGUCCCAAUAGUUCUAAUUAGCAUAAAUUUAUGGAGUGUUAAUUAUCUUGUAAUUUCAAAUUACUAGAACUGAUUAUGUUUAGGGUGACAUAUGGGGUAGUGUGUAUGUGUAAUUGUUGAUGCUUUAAUUUGAUAUGUAACGAUCAAAUUAGCACAUAUAUUAUUUAUUCCAUA